AUAAAAGAGUGGGUCGGGGGUCCGAAAGGCAACAGUCGUUCUUUGGGCGAUCCGACCAAAAAAUGAAACUCCAAAGCCUCUCGCUAGUGUUCUUCGCUCUCUUAGUCCUUGGCGCCGCCGCCAAGGAGAAGAAAGCCGAAGAACCGAAACCGGCCGAAUCCCAAAAGACGAAAACCGCCGAAAAGAAACAGGGCAAAAGAGGGCUCUUCGACCUCGGCUACGGAGGCGGUGAAUUCGGCGGACACGAAGGCCUUGAACUUGGAGGCGGCGGAUUCGAAGGCGGUUAUGGCGGAGGCGGCUUCGAAGAAAGCCAUCACAAAACCAUCACCAUCACCAAGACCAUUCCCGUACCCGUACCCAAACCUUACCCAGUUUACCACGAAAAGAAAGUGCCUGUACCUUACCCAGUCAAAGUUGCCGUCCCUGUCGACAGGCCAUACCCAGUUCACGUACCCAAACCUUACCCAGUACCGGUAGAGAAGCCUGUACCUUACCCAGUCGAGAAACCCGUACCUUACCCUGUUAAAGUUCCUGUCAAGGUACCUUACCCCGUUCCCCAUCCAGUCCCAGUACCAAAACCUGUACCAUACCCUGUACAUAAGCCUGUACCUUACCCAGUUAAAGUUCCAGUCUACGUAGAAAAGCAUGUUCCAGUAUUCAUCAAGGGACACGAAGGUGGUGGUUUUGAAGGGGGUUUCGGAGGUGGCUUGGAAGGUCACGAGUUUGGAGGACAUCAUUUUACAACGGUGAUAGCAAUUUGCUGCCUCAGCGCAGCAAAGGCUUUUCCAGGCAUACUAUUCUCCUCUUCCGGUUCAUCCGGAAAAAUCGAACUUGAAGGAGUACCAGAUAUAGAAAGUUACAACCACGUUUCCUAUCCGCACUAUGACCUCAUCGACCUGGGCGAGUACUCCAAAGGCCACGUUCCUGGAGACGAGAUCAAGAUCACCAAAGACAGCAAAAUAACCAUUCCACAACCCUACCCAGUCAAAGUACCCAUUCCACAACCCUAUCCAGUUCACAUAGAAAAACCAUAUCCCGUAGUGGAAACCAAGUUUGUCAAAGUUCCAUAUCCCGUUCCUCAAGUAAUCGAAAAAAAGGUUCCAUAUCCAGUGGAGGUUCCGAAACCUUAUCCAGUACAGGUCCAUUCAGGAGACGGAGGUGGAGGUGAUUCUGGUGGAUUUGGUGGUUCUUUCCAAGACCAUCAUUCUUACGAGGGUAACGGUUAUGGAGUGCAAGAAAGUGGAGCAGAGUUACCUUCCAACGAAGGUUACGAAGCGGGAAUUGGAGGUGGAUCUGGAAGUUUUUACGAAGCCAAGGCUUUGGAAGAGCAGACGUAUUCUGGAGAAGCUGAAGGUGGGGCAUGGCAACCUGUCAGUGGUGACUUGGAAGGAAAAGGGUACUAAAUUCUUAGCCAUAUUCUUUAUUAAUUUUCUUUUUUAAGAUUUCUGUAGGAUAUCCUCUUUAGUUCUCUAUAGUUCUUCGAUUUUAUAAGACUGGUUGUAAUUUUCUAUUUUUAUUUUUGUUGACUAUUGUGUAAAUACUGUUAUAUUUUUUAAU